AUGGCACACUCUGUUAGAGAAUGUUUGUUGGGACUGAUUUUUUUAUUCAUGUGGCUGUUGAUUAAAGCAAAUAUAGAUGCAUGCAAGAAAGGCACCGUGACUGUCAAGCCUUCCCCUGUGAUUCCACUUGGGUCAGCUGUCAAUAUUUCCUGCUCUUUGAAUCCCAAACAAGGCUGUUUGAAUAAUCCUGGUCCUAACAAAUUAGUCCUCUUAAAGGACGACAAAAUAGUCCAUUUCCACCUCGGUAAUUCCUUCACUUUGCAAGUCACCAACCUUUCCCUUGGUAUGACCCUGCUCGUCUGCAAGCUGGACUGUAGCUCUGGUCGGUACCCAGUGUGUGGGACAGAGAUCUCAGUUGGUGUUGCUCCAGAGCCACCUCGAAACCUAUCGUGCAUCCAGAAAGGAGAACAUGGGACUGUGACCUGCACCUGGGACCCUGGACAAGAUAGACAUCUGAAAACCCAUUACACUUUACAGUUGACUGGACCAAACAAUGUGACCUGUCAGGACCAGUGCAGAUGUCAGAAUUGUAAUCACUUGAAUCUUGGAAUCAGUCUAACCUCUGAUUUAGCUGAAUCCAAGUUCACAGUCAGUGUCACUGCCACCAAUGGCCUUGGAAACUCUUCUUCACUUCCAUUUAUGUUCACGUUCUUGGACAUAGUGAGGCCUCUUCCUCCGUGGGACAUCAGAAUCGAUUUUCUAAAUGCUUCUGGGAACAGAUGUGCCCUGCGAUGGAAAGAUGAGGGGCAAGUGGUCCUCAACCGACUCAGAUACCGGCCUUUUAACAGCGGGUCCUGGAAUAUGGUUAAUGCUACAAAUGCCAAAGGAAGAUACGGCCUACAAGAUCUGACACCAUUUACAGAAUAUGAAUUUCAGAUUUCCUCUAAGCUACAUCUUUCUAAAGGAAGUUGGAGCGAUUGGAGUGAGUCACUGACAACACGAACACCCGAGGAAGAGCCUGUUGGGACAUUAGACAUCUGGUACAUGAAACAGAACAUCAGCUGUAACAGACAACAGAUCUCCCUUUUCUGGAAGAGUCUGAGUCCAUCAGAGGCAAGGGGAGAAAUCCUCCACUAUCAGGUGACCUUAUGGGAGGUGACAAGGAAAAUCAUCCUGCAGAACAUUACAGAACACACUUCCUGGACUGGGGUCAUUCCCAGAAUGGGGGCUUGGACUGCAUCUGUGUCUGCAGCCAAUUCGAAAGGCACCUCUGCAGCCACUCUUAUGAACAUAGUGGACCUGUGUGGUACUGGGUUGCUGGCUCCUUACUGGGUAUCUGCAAAGUCAGGGAACAUGGACAACAUUUUGGUGACCUGGCAGCCUCCCAGGAAAGCUGUGUCUGCUGUUCGGGAGUACAUAGUGGAAUGGAGGGCUCUACAACCAGGAAGCAUCAUGACGUUUCCCCCACACUGGCUUCGGAUUCCUCCCUACAACAUGUCUGCUCUGAUUUCAGAGAAUAUCAGUCCCUACGUCUGUUAUGAAAUCCGGGUACACGCACUGUCAGAGGACCAAGGAGGUUGCAGUUCCAUCCUGGGUGACUCCAAGCACAAAGCACUACUGACUGGCCCUCAUAUCACUGCCAUCGAAGAGAAAAAGGCAAGCCUUUUUAUUUCCUGGUCCCAUAUCCCAGUCCAAGAGUGGAUGGGCUGCCUCCUCCAUUACAGAAUAUACUGGAAAGAGCGAGACUCUACUGCGCAGCCUCAGCUCUGUGAGAUUCCAUACAGACACUCCCAAAACUCAUAUCCAAUAAGCAGCCUGCAGCCUGAAGUGACAUAUGUCUUAUGGAUGACAGCUCUGACUGCUGCUGGUGAAAGUCCCAAAGGAAAUGAAAGGGAAUUUUGUCUACAGGGCAAAGCCAACUGGAAAGCAUUUGUGGCAUCAAGCAUUUGCAUUGCUAUCAUCACAGUGGGCAUCUUCUCUAUUCGCCCCUUCCGGCAAAAGGUAUUUGCUUUCCUUUCUACUCUCAGACCUCAAUGGUAUUGCAGAACCAUUCCAGAUCCAGCAAAUAGCACUUGGGUAAAGAAGUACCCCAUUGUGGAGGAGAAGACCCAGCUACCCAUGGACUGUCUCCCAAUGGCCUGGCCCAUUCCAGAAGAGCCUGAGCCCCUGAUCAUCAAUGAGGUCCUUUACCAAAUGGCCCCAGUCUUCAGACAACCCUAUUGCCCCAAAAGGGGUCAAGGGUUCCAAGGUCACUCUACCCCCAAGGAAGACACAAUAUACAUUUCCUCCAGUCCACAACCUACAGGAACUCUCACAGCUGAUACAAGGCAACUAGUGAAUCUAUACAAGGUACUGGGAAGCAGAGAACCCGACUCAAAACUGGGCAAUCUGACCAGUUCCUUGACAGUUACCGCAGUGGACUACCUUCCUAGUCAUGAAGGCUAUUUACCCUCUAACAUCAGAGACUUUCCUUCACAAGAGGAUUCUCCACCUGAUUCAUUAGAACUGGAGCACCAACGUAUCUCUCUUUCCAUUUUUGCAUCAAAUUCUCUUCGCCCACUUACCUUCUGUGGUGAGAGGCUGACUCUGGAUCAGUUAAAGAUGGGGUAUGACUCUCUCAUGAGUAAUGAGUCUUGA